UUGCGCCACGAACAGAACGGAAAACUACUAUUAAGGAAAAAUACUAUUGUUAUUGAAAACCUCGGCACGAUUAAUUCACAAUUGCAUGUAUUUUGAUAUCAGCUGGUCUUAUCGGUCAUGCAAGAUGCCAUGGUCCAACUAUAAAAUCCUCCUGCCAAGCCAACUGACUACCAAUUUUAAUGUCAAAAUGCAUUAUUGUGAUUGAAAUCACAGAACAAAAGGAAUACCUUUGCGUAAUGGAAGAUCUAACUGAGCUGAAGUAACAGAAAUAACAACUAAAUUCACGAAAUUCAUACGACGUUGAAGAGGGUUUGAAAUUGAAAUAUAGUAUAUAAAACUUGAAAAUGGCAUCCUUAUUAAGAAAUCUUGUACGACCAACACAGCGAAGCCUUUGUUUACAUCACAGACUUCCGAUGCUAACGGAAGCCUUGAACUCCAAGAACUAUUCAAAAGCCGCAUCAUCAGCCACAGCCGCUUCAGAUCAACAACUUGUCCUAAGUGAUUCAUGCCUCAAGAGAUUGAAGGAAAUCUGUGGCGAUGGUAGCUUUUUGCGUAUUACAGUAGAGGGAGGCGGUUGUUCGGGAUUUCAAUACAAAUUCGAUUUGGAUAACAAAAUAAAUGAAGACGAUUUGCAGUUCGGUAAAGACGAUGCUAAGGUUGUCAUAGACAAUGUUUCGUUGGAAUAUUGUAACGGAGCCACCGUCGACUAUCACACAGAACUAAUACGUUCAGGUUUUCGUAUGCUGGCAAAUCCGAAAGCUGAGCAGGGCUGCUCUUGUGGCUCAUCAUUUGCAAUAAAAUUGGAUUGAAAAGAAUAUGAUCUUUCCCUUGAUCUUGGAACAAAAACACAUCUGUGGUUUGACAUGUCUAGAAUAUAUACAAAGAAGUUUUAUUUGUUGUUUACAAUAAUAAAUUAGGACCAGACUAAGUAGACUGGUCAAAAAGCGCUUAUUACAUAAAUAAAUACACAAUCUCUUGACUAAAAUAUUUGUCAAUAAUUAUACACAGCGAAAGAA